AUGUCCAAGGGUCGAGCCGCCGGAGGUGUUGAUCAGAUUGUCAAGCUGAUCGUGGGGGCCGGACAGGCCAGUCCUAGUCCUCCCGUCGGUCCUGCGCUGGGUUCCAAGGGUGUCAAGUCGAUGGACUUUUGCAAGGAGUUCAACGCCCGAACUGCGCACAUCACUACCGGUACACCAAUGCCCUGCCGAGUCGUCGUCCGCCCCGACCGAUCAUUCACCUUCGACGUCCGAACACCGCACACAUCGUGGCUGCUCCUCAACGCCGCCGAUGCACCCGUCAAGAAGGGAAGCCGAAAGGGUGCCAGCAACCCUGGCCACGAAACGGUCGGCAGCAUCAGCCUGAAGCACGUUUACGAGAUUGCCAAGAUCAAGCAGACUGAGCUACGACUCUCUGGUUUGUCCCUGGAGGGACUUUGCAGGUCAAUCAUCUUCCAGGCAAAGUCUAUAGGCAUUAAUGUCGUGCCUUGA